AUCAAUGGAAAGAGCCGAAGAUGUCGGCUCGGUCAUGUGAUCAGCUGUGUCCAAUCACAGCUGAUCACAUGGGACAUCUACACUGAUCAUCAGGGCACUGAUGAUCAGUGUGCCCUGAUGAUCUGUGUAGCCUCAGCAGUGCCACCUGUCAGUGUCCAUCAGUGCCAGCUGUCAGUGCUCAUCCAUGCCACCUGCCAGUGCCCAUCUGAACUGCCUUUCAGUGCCACCUAUCAGUGCUGCCUAACAGUGCCGCCUAUCAGUACCAUGUAUGAGUACUGCCUUUCAGUGCCCAUCAGUGAAGUCUGUCAAUGCCCAUCAGUGCCACCUACCAGUGCCUCCUCAUCAGUG